CCGGCCCUUGCCCCUUUUCGACUUUUUUAUUUGCUUCUUUUUUUCCUCCAAUCUUUUAUUUCUCAAAAAUAUAUUUUCAAUUUAGAGCGCCUCGAUAACCCUUGUAUAAAUCAAAACGCUAUUAUUUUUUACUCAGCGCAGACAAGUGGGACGCGUUGUAUCACACACAUAUAUCCUCCUAUACCCGGGCAGCUCGAACGCCGGUACAACUAUUCGGCAUUCGGUUUACACACUCGUUCUUCACCAUCAAAAAGCGCGCAUAUAACCCGGCUUGGUCUGAAUUUACUGUUGCAGACCCGAGCGAACAAACAAACACACAUAUUGUACAGCGGGAUCGAUAAGACAAUAUAUCGGACACACUAUUGCCAAAACCCGCAUUCUAUCGAGGACAAAAAUGGUUCUGAGUUCGUACGAGCCAGGCACGCUGUGCUGGGCCAAGCUGAAGGGAUAUCCGUGGUGGCCAUCUCGGAUAGAAAGAGAGGUCGAUCUUACGGCGGAGGUGUUGGAUAGCAAGCCGCGCAAUGGCCGUGUGUACCCUGUUCUUUUCUUUGGCUCGCUCGACUAUGCCUGGAUCACCCCCGAAAACUUGGAGCCUUACGAGGAGAAUCUCGUGAAACACGGCAGCAAGGCCAAAAACCGCAAGGAUCCCUCGUUCUCGGACGCGCUAAAACAAGCGGUGAAUCCAAAGAUUGCAGAGAAUAUCAUGAAGCGCAAUGCGACGGCGGCGGCAGUUAGCGACGACGUGGAGGAUGAGGUUGAAGAGCCCGCACACUCAGAUUCUGACGUGGAGAUGCAGUCUGUAGACUCUGACGCCCACACGCCAGUAAAGCCAAAAGCGGGCCGGAGAGCACUAGGAAACAACGGGAAGACGAGAAAGACUACCACAGGCAACAAGCGGACCAGCAUCGGCAGCAACUCUUCUGGAGACGAGGUAGAUGCAAAGGCGAUGCCCAAGCGAUCCCGCACCAUUGCCACCAAAGAUGACAGCACGUCUAACAACGGAUCUCCGGGCGACAACGGCAGGCGAGACAGCGAUGACUCGCGAUCGCUGGCCAAGGACUCGCCGCGCUCUGGCUCGCCAAGCGGCCACCCGUCACCCGAGUACAAAUCCGGCACGAGUAAGGACGACGACAAGAAUGACCGCUCCAGCAAGGGCGGCAGUCAGCAUCUCAAGAACCGCAGCAAGGCGUAUCAAUUCUGCAUGCAGCUUCGGCACCGCUUGCAAAAGACAGUCAUCAAGGGUACUAUGCCCGAGGAUCUGACUCCAGUGCAUGAGGUGUUUAAAAAGCUCGAGGAAUUCGACAUGACGCUGGAGCUGAUCCAGGAGACAAAGAUGGGCAAGGUUAUGCGGGUUAUCGCAGGAUCCGAUCGGCUGGGUGACGCGCCAGAAGAAGCGUUUGACAUUAAGGGCCGGGCCCGACGACUGGCAGAAAAGUGGAGGCGAACGAUCGUUAAGCGGCGGGACGGCUCGACAGAACCCAACGCGCCCGAAUCACCAUCCGGAGGAAAGACCCUAGACGCAGAUCACCAAGACUUGGAGCGCGACCCUAGCAGCGCCAAUGCCAAUGCAAAGACGGAGUCUGAACCUGUUGCCGGUGCAGGCGAUAAACAGUUGGCGAUCCCCGCCGCCGAAACCGCCCCGGUUGGGGUGACUAGCGACAAAGGCACAAACGGAAUGAUGGACGCGGCAGAUGAUGCUGCUAGUGCUGCAGGAAAACCGGAGCAACAGCAGCCGCUGGCGGCAGGCUCUGAAUGAAAGAACAAUAUCUAUCUGCCAGGGUUACCCACUGCUUCCUGGACGACCAAAAGUCUUUUUUUGUUUUCACAUAUAGUCCAUUCUAUCCUUGACUCCAUUUAAAGAAUUUAGACCAGUGCCUAUGACUCGCGAGUAACUGAUAUGAUCAACAGUCGGGAAAUUUGACGGCCUGCAUUGAUUUGAUUUGUAUUAAUUAAGCGCCGCAUACUUGCAGGCGAAAAAAAGGUAGGGGGAGAGAGACAUGGUUUUGCGCAACGUAUUUGCUUUAUUGUGUUUUUGCACUCUUUCAU